CUGACUUGGAUAACAAAGAACAUUGCAUUCAUCAGUUUAACUUCUUGCAUUCGAGUACGGUGGCCGACACAAGUAGACUUGCAAGCGGAACUGAGCAAUCCACAACAUUUAACGAUCAGAAUAUGCUACAUCAAGAAGAAGAAUUAUGGAUUUAAAAUUAUUUGUAGUUUGUACAAUACUGGGCAGCAUUAAUAUUGUUACCACUGAAACAAUCCUAACAACUUCAACAACAACAACUCCCAGACCACCAACAAAAACCUGUGGAUACCAAUCAUGUCACCCUGUUAAAGAGGGUUUUAUUAAUGUUCACCUGGUUCCUCAUACCCACGAUGAUGUCGGUUGGUUAAAAACAGUCGAUCAAUAUUAUUAUGGAAGUCGGACCAACAUUCAAAAUGCAGGAGUUCAAUACAUUAUUGAAUCCGUCAUCGAUUCACUUAAAAAAGACCCUAAUAGACGUUUUAUUUAUGUUGAAACUGCUUACUUUUGGAAAUGGUGGAUUAAACAACAUGACAGAGUUAAGUCAACUGUAAGAAGAUUAGUUAACAAUGGCCAACUUGAAUUUAUAGGCGGUGGUUGGAGUAUGAAUGACGAAGCAGCCACUCACUACCAAUCAAUUAUUGAUCAAUUUUCUUGGGGAUUAAGAAAAUUAAAUGAGUCCUUUGGAAGCUGCGGAAGACCUAAAAUCGGCUGGCAAAUUGAUCCAUUCGGUCACAGCAGAGAAAUGGCCUCAAUAUUUGCCCAACUCGGUUUCGAUGGAUUUUUACUUGGUAGAAUAGAUUAUCAGGAAAAAUCAGUUAGAUUAAAUUCUCAAACGGCCGAAAUGGUUUGGAAAGGAAGUAACAAUUUAGGAGAGAAAGCUCAUAUAUUUACUGGGGCUAUGUACAACACAUACUCCCCUCCAAAAGGAUUUUGUUUUGAUAUUCUUUGUUCCGAUGAUCCUAUUAUUGAUGACAAAAAGAGCCCUGAUUACAAUGUGAAUAAGAGAGUAGAUGAUUUUUUCGCUCAAAUUAAGAAUAUGACGAAGGGAUACGCCACCAAUAAUGUCAUAGUCACUAUGGGAGAAGACUUUAAUUAUCAAGAUGCGAAUGUUUGGUUUAAAAACAUGGAUUUACUUAUCAAAUAUGCAAAUGAAAGGCAAGCGUUUGGUUCCAAAUAUAAUUUAAUAUAUUCUACACCCUCGUGCUACGUUAAAGCAGUUUAUGAUGAAACUAAAGGAAAGAAGAAGUGGCUUACCAAAAGUGAUGAUUUCUUCCCAUACGCAUCAGAUCCACACUCCUUUUGGACUGGAUACUUUACUUCAAGACCAACGAUUAAAAGAUUCGAAAGGGAAGGAAACAAUUUUCUACAAGUUUGCAAACAAUUAUACGCUUUAGCAGAUUUGGGACCGGAAGAUUGGGUGGAUCUAAACGUUUUAAGAGAAGCCAUGGGUGUAAUGCAACAUCAUGAUGCUGUAACUGGUACAGAAAAAGAGCAUGUUGCUCAUGACUACGCAAGAAUUUUGACUAAAGGUUUUGAGGAAUGUGAAAAUAUUACUAAAACUGCCUUAAGCAAAAUAAUUUUUACGUCGAGUAGUAAACAAGUUCAAGGAGAACCAAAAAUAUUACCUUUUAAAUCGUGUUUGUUAAGUAAUGUAAGCUCAUGUCCUAUAUCUGAAGUAGAAAAGAACUUCAUAGUCACCGUAUAUAAUCCUCUUAGCAGACCCGUUACUAAGUACGUUAGAUUACCUGUAUUAGGGUCAGCAUAUACCGUAAUGGACCCAAAUAGAAAAGAACUUAAAUCACAAAUUAUACCAAUAGCUGAACCAAUCCUUACAAUUCCUGGAAGAAAAAGUGAAGCAACUGUUGAACUAAUAUUUGCUUUAGAGUUGCCACCACUUGGCUUUAAAACUGUUUACGUUACAAGAAUCGAAGGAAAUAAAAUAAUUAAACAAUCCCCAUUGAGACAACAACAUAAGCUUGGCAAUGCCGUGUUUGAUAUAGACAAAGAAACAGGGUUUAUCGUAAGAGCUUCCUUAAACAACGUCGAAAUUCCUUUAUCACAAGAAUUUCUAUACUAUGAAGGCUUUGUAGGAAAUAAUGAGGUUUUCGCCAAUCGUUCUUCUGGAGCCUAUAUAUUCAGACCAAGGUCAAAUGUUGCUUUAAAAGCAACACAAAAAGCAAAAGUCCAGGUUUAUAUCGGGCCUUUGGUAGGGGAAGUUCAUCAAAUAUUUAAUGAAUACAUUAGCCAGAUUAUUAGAGUUUAUGCAACUGACAAUUUUAUUGAAUUUGAUUGGGUUGUUGGACCUCUUCCUGUGAACUCCAAAUAUGGUAAAGAGGUAAUUACAAGGUAUAAAACAAAUCUUAAAUCAAAUGGUGUAUUUUAUACUGACUCCAAUGGUAGAGAGAUGCUAAAAAGAGUAAGAAACUUCAGACCAACUUGGUCCGUUUCUUUACAAGAACCAAUAUCCGGAAAUUAUUAUCCUGUUACCUCUAAAAUUUUAAUAAGGGACCCAUCUCAAAAUAUAGAAGUUGCAGUUUUGAAUGAUAGAGCUCAAGGAGGAUCUAGUUUGAAAGACGGGCAAAUAGAAUUAAUGAUCCAUAGAAAUUGCAUGCACGAUGAUGCUUUUGGAGUUGGUGAACCUUUAAUUGAGGAAGCUUUUGAUAGAGGUUUAGUUGCAAGAGGAACGCACUGGUUGGUUUUCGGAAAUAUUACUAGCAACUCGGGUAAGAGUAUUGCUGCUAUUGAAAGAGAUAUUGCUCAGAAAAAACUAUUAAACGCCUGGACAUUUUUGGCUCCUGGGUCUAAUCCUAUUGAUAAAAUAAACGCGGGCCAUGUAUGGGAAUAUUCUGGAUUAAACCGUGCAUUGCCUGAUAAUGUUCAAAUUCUUACUCUAGAACCAUGGGCGGCUUAUACUUUCUUGCUACGUCUAGAGCAUGUUUUAGAGAAAAAUGAAGAUCCCACUUUAUCUAAAAUAGCCGAAGUCGACUUAAAGGGAUUAUUUAGUUCAUUUAACAUCAAAACAAUAAAAGAAACCACCUUAGGUGGAAACCAAUGGAUUGAAGAGAACGAAAGACUCGUUUUUGAUACUUCUGAUAGUAUUGAAUCAUUAAUUGAUAAAUCUUUUCUAAGCAAAGAGCAACUGGAAAGUCGUAUAAAAUAUGAAGAAAGUGAUUCAGAAACUAUUAAUAAUGUUAAAAGAGAAGUUAAGCAGGAUAACCUGGCAGAUCUUAAAAUUACCUUACAUCCAAUGCAAAUACGUACCUUUAUUAUAGAGAUUAGUCCUGUUAUUUAAUUAGUGUAUAUUAAGAAGAAUAUAUAAAAUAAUUAAAUUAUUUUUAAGAAAAAAUAAAGUUUUUACAUUUUA